UUACAAACCGCUGGGCAUGCGAAAGAUCAACAGAACGUUAACAGCAGUGCGUCUUUGGACGCUGAAUCGUCAGUUGAAGCCGUGCCCAGCGGUCCUAAUGCUCCAGCUCAAGGCCAAGUUGCUGCUGAUCAAGUGGCACGUUAUCGAGCGGGACACGAUUGCGAAGGCUCGAGGUGUGUUUGCCAGCGUUACGAAAACGGAGAACUUGCGGUCGUCGCUAUGGGACGAAUGAAUCGUAAUCCAAAUAAUAAUAACAACAAUAACAAUCAAGAACAACGAGAUGAUUAUCAAAAUUUACGUAUUUAUCAGUAUCCAAAUAAUCGCGUAUAUCAAAACAGACCAGCUAAUUUGAAUCCGCAUUAUCAAAAUCCAAUCGACUUGGUAAGAAUACACGAACGUAAUCACGGAUCUCAGGAAAAUAUUUAUGAACGAUUAGACAAUGAUGAGGACGAUGACAAUAAUAAUGAUAAUAAUGAAGCGGACCCUAAUGAAAGAGAGGCAGUUGUUGUGAGAAAUGAACCAAAUGAUCAGAAUGAACGUGAUCAUAUGUACGAACGCAUCGAUAAUCGUCCCUGGUAUCGCGGGGGUGGUUGCGGGAACAACCAUCACCAUCGUGCGCCAAAUAAUUUUCCGGCAUCGUCAGUGUUUUGGAAUGCGAUUGAGAGAAACGCUAAUCGUUAUGACCCACGUGAUAUUUAUUCUUCUAACAACGCAUACUUAAACCGUCUAAGUUUGUCGCGCAACUGUUUCUCGACAGACAACGUAGCGAUGGCGGCCAACGGCGGCCGUUAUGUUUAUCAUCUGGGUCACAACUGUAUGUGUCAAUUUUGCACGAGACUGCCAUUUAUACGCUAUCACAUGUGUCAGCAGUGCAGCAGUAGUUUUCACGACAGACUGAGAUGUUACGACGAAUCGGGAAAUCCUGCGGGAGCUUCUGGCACCUCGAGAAACUACAUCUAUCAAGUAUCAAGAAGCUGUCGCUGUGCUUACUGUCGCGGUGGGGAUUAUUCGUACUCAAGAUUUCCCAUCAGUGCAGCUAGUCGUCUCGUUGAUUCACUGAGACGUGAUUGUCAUCAUUGUGGCAGAAAUCCUGCGCAGUGUAAUUGCCGAAAUAGAUUAUUAACAACAGCAGCAGCUACUUCGAAUUCGGCUAUUUAUAUUGGUAGGAUUGAUAGAAUUGGAUUUGUAAAGACAGUUAAUAACCCGUUGUAUGCCAAUCCAAUGAUUUAUGUCGGGAGGAUUGAUAGAUCAUUAGCUAACCAAGAUACAGGUAAUGAAGAUCCGUCGACUUCGGCUUCUGCUGCUACUGCUGCUGCUGGGGGUGCAGCGGCAAGUGGAAGUGGAAGUGGAGCUGAAGGUAAUGAUAGAAAUUUAAAUCAACCUGGACCAUCAAAUCAAGCUAAUGACAAUGGAGAUAAUGCUGCUAAUAGGCAACAUACAUGUGAUGAUUCUUGUAUUCGUAAUAAUUCAAACAAUGCUUCGGGUAUUUGUCAAUUUAUUAACAGAAAUGAAAGAUCCAAUACCGAGUGCAAUAGCAGCAGAGUUUCUUAUCAUUGGUGGUUUGUCAACAGGUGGUUACCACCUUGGGGAUCGCAAAAUGAUAGAAACUCAGAUACUGGUUCUACUUCCAAUGGUAAUUCUGGUACUAGUACUGCAGGUACUAAUGCCGGUCCAAGUACCAGUGCCGGUGGCUCUGGAGGAACAAGUAGUGCUAGUGCUAGUGCUAGUACCAGUAGUGCCAGCGCUUCCCGAGUUGAGGAACCAAGAGAUCCUCGGGGUAGUGACAGUGAUGAACCUUAAAUUGAAAUCUAUUCAAUGCGGUCGGUCGUAAAAAAAGUUUAAUAUCGAACUGGGGAAGUAAAAUGAAAUUUCUUAAAGCAGCUACGGAUAAAUCAUUCCAGUUAUUUUUUUGUAUGAUAUUUUAAGCGGUUGAGGAUUAUGGAAAGGAAUGAAAAGGGCAAAAGGAACAAGAAGAAACAACUUUUUCUUCAAUCGGAUAAUCAUUAUUGAAAUCUACGAAAUCAAUUUUCGAAGACAGCUUUUGGAAAUAGAAGCUUUGUGUUAAGAUAAGAAUUAAGAAAUAAAAAAUAUUUUAAUAAUAACACAUUAUUCAUUAUUUUUUUAAAAAACAAAAUUUUAAAUAUUACUAUUUAAAAUUAUAAUUAUUUCUCGCUUGAUUACUUUAUCAGUGAUGUGAAUUAUUAAUUUAAUUUUAAAUAAAUAAUUAAAUAACGAAUUCAGCCGCAGGUUCGCUAAUUUUGUAAUUAAUUAGUCCAUAAUUAAUUAGCUAGUUAAUUAAUAGUGUUACACUUUAUUGUGAUUCGGAUAAGUUUUUAAAAAUGACACUACUGUAAAAAAUAUGCGGAGUGAACGCAAAUUAAAUCCGGAUUAGAAAUUAAAUCCAGACCACUCCGCUGAAAAAACAAACUCCAAGUUUACUCCGUAUGUGGAGUGAUUUUUUUAAAAUACUCUGUGACUCCGAGUAACUGGAUUUAAAUGAAAUAUGCAAUCACUCCCGAUUUUUUACAGUGCAUUGUCUAUCAAAAGCAAUUUAUUUUAAAUUUAAAUUAAUUAAAGACUGUCUAAAGUAUAAUUAGGAUAUCAACAGAUUAAUAUUCAGUUAAGAUAAUAAAUGAUAUCAAUAAUCAUUUAUAGUUAUAACAAAGUAGCAUUUGUACAUAUAGAUAAUAAAUUUACUUAUGAUGAUUAAUAUCAAUUGACAAUAUUAUUGGUAGUUAUGAUAAUAACUAUAAACCAAUUAAAUAAUUUUCAUUGGAUCCAUUAUGAUCAGUAUUAGAUUUAAAUUAAUUUACAAAAAUUAAAUGUCUUAAUUAAUUAAUUAAAUAAUUAUA